UAGUCCGAGUGCUUCAGAUGAACGCAUAGGAUAUUUUCUCCACUGCAACCGAGCUAAUGUUAGCAGCUGUGCGCGGAACAUUGCGCGAGACCGGAGGAACCACUUCUGACGGAGGCCGUGCUGAAAAUGUACCCGAAUAAUCAGCUGACAGCGCUCCGAUCCGUCGAAGGAAAACUUUUGGGUUUAGUUUCCACGGCGGGCGUGCAGUGAAGGGGGUCGUGCGGCUAACGGGGUCCCGAGGGCCGGUGUGAAGCGUGGAGCCGUGGCUGGUAUGAACCGCAUCGACUGAACGCUUCUCGGGUCGGCUAAUGUUCAUGGGUCCUGCGUACUCGAGAUCCCUACUGCCUCAGAGCGAGACCUGAAUCCAACGGGCCACACAUUUGUCUAGCUUGACUGUAAUUUCAUGUAUGGAUGGACGCGUGCAUGCUUUGACAGAGUUCUGCGUGCAUCGCUGCAGUUGGCACAGUGCGUCCCAAGGAGGGGCUGUUACUCUAACAAAUAUACAUUGGCUCUGUCGAAGCGUUUAAUUAGCGGAGGCUCGCGGCUGCCUGUCUGCCUAAGAACAUUACGUAAGGCUGCAGCGUACGCUACGUCUUUUCAAAGGAAAAUUAUUUGGUGACAUUGCAGUCUCUCUCGGUGAAAUAUAACGUACGCUCCGCUGGGUUAUUACGUCUGUCAAAGGAAGGGAAGGUGGAGCACCGUCCGUCGUACGUGCUGACGCAGUGGGAUUUCUACGCUAGGUCUGCGUGUCGGCCCGCCCUUCCCGCGGUGACGGUGAUGGGUCGGAAGCGGUGUGUCGGUGCAGAUUGUUCGAAGAUGGCGGCCGGGUGCUGCGGGGUGAAGAAGCAGAAGUUGUCGGGAUCCCCCGGAGCGGGGGGUCCCGGCGGGGCGGGGAGCGGAGUAGCCGGGACCGGACAUUGUGGAUCGGAAUUGGGAAUCGGGUCGUCGUCGAGUGUUGUGGCCGGGAACGUGACUCGGGUGAACGGCCUGGGGGGUCCGGGGGUUAGUAGUAGCAACAACACCAAUGCUCUGUCCCCAACCCCAGGAGGAUACAACUCCACCGGCCUCUCCCCGACUCUCAGCCCCGGCUCCGGAGCCAGGAAAAUGGUCGUUUCGGCGGAGAUGUGUUGCUUUUGCUUCGACGUACUUUAUUGCCAUCUCUACGGAUACCAGCCUCCUCGAACACCCAGGUUUACAAACGACCCCUACCCACUGUUUGUCACUUGGAAAAUUGGCCGGGACAAGCGGUUAAGGGGUUGUAUAGGUACAUUUUCUGCCAUGAACCUGCACUCAGGACUCAGGGAGUACACCCUUACCAGUGCCCUUAAAGACAGUCGUUUUCCCCCCAUGACGAGGGACGAGCUGCCGCGCCUCUUCUGCUCAGUGUCUCUGCUCACCAACUUUGAGGAUGUUGGUGAUUACCUAGACUGGGAGGUGGGUGUUCACGGCAUUAGGAUAGAGUUUUUUAGUGAAAAAGGAUCAAAGCGCACCGCCACCUACCUGCCAGAGGUUGCAAAGGAGCAAGGAUGGGACCACAUUCAGACCAUAGAUUCCUUGCUUCGAAAGGGAGGUUACAAAGCUCCCAUCACAAAUGACUUCAGGAAGACUAUUAAACUGACCAGGUACCGUAGUGAAAAGAUGACCGUGAGCUACGCAGAAUACAUCGGCCACCGCCAGCAUCAUCACUACCAGAAUGGCAUCGGGCACCCUCUCCCUCCGUACAACCAUUAUUCCUGACAGCGAGCCGCAUGACCAGUCACUGGACCUCUCGGCGGACAUCUUACCGGGAGAGCCCGCCCCCUCGUGGUCUAGCUAUCUGUACUACUGUACCAUUUUAUGAUGAUAGUUUCCGUUGCCAUGUCCUCAGUCAGUUGGAGGCAUGGCAGCGGGUGGCAAAUAAGCAUUAGGUGAUUAUAAAGCGAAAAAAUACAAUUCA